AUGGCUGCGGCUUUUCAGAGCCUAGCCGAACUGUCGCACAGGGAAUACCAAGCAGGCGACUACGAGAACGCCGAAAGGCACUGCAUGCAGCUAUGGCGCCAAGAUCAUCAAAACACUGGCGUUCUGCUGCUUCUCAGCUCAAUCCACUUCCAGUGCAGAAACUUUGAAAGGUCGGCGCACUUUAGCAACUUGGCCAUUAAGCAGAAUCCGCUACUGGCCGAGGCGUACUCUAAUCUUGGCAAUGUGUACAAAGAGCGCCAUCAGUUGAAGGAGGCUCUGGACAACUACAAGACGGCAGUUCGCCUGAAGCCUGACUUUAUUGAUGGAUACAUUAAUCUGGCGGCGGCACUUGUUGCGGCCGGUGAAAUGGAACAAGCCGUUCAGGCUUACGUCUCAGCACUGCAAUAUAACCCGGAUCUGUACUGUGUUCGAAGUGAUCUGGGAAACUUGUUAAAGGCUUUAAAUAGACUGGACGAAGCUAAGGCUUGCUACCUGAAGGCAAUUGAGACUUGUCCCACUUUUGCCGUCGCCUGGAGCAACCUGGGAUGCGUCUUCAACGCACAGGGUGAAAUAUGGCUUGCCAUUCAUCACUUUGAAAAGGCCGUGGCGCUGGAUCCCAACUUUCUCGAUGCCUACAUCAACCUGGGCAAUGUGCUGAAGGAGGCGCGCAUCUUUGACCGGGCCGUCUCCGCCUACCUGCGCGCGCUGAACCUCAGCCCGAACAAUGCCAUCGUCCACGGGAACCUCGCCUGCGUCUACUACGAGCAGGGCCUCAUUGACCUCUCCAUUGACACGUACAAGCGGGCGAUUGAGCUGCAGCCCAACUUUCCCGACGCGUACUGCAACCUGGCGAACGCUCUGAAGGAGAAGGGCCAGGUGAGCGAGGCGGAGGAGUGCUACAACACGGCGCUGAAGCUCUGUCCGACGCACGCCGACUCGCUGAACAACCUGGCGAACAUCAAGCGCGAGCAGGGCUACAUUGAGGAGGCGACGCGGCUGUACCUGAAGGCUCUGGACGUCUUCCCCGAGUUUGCCGCCGCCCACUCGAAUCUGGCCUCGGUGCUGCAGCAGCAGGGAAAGCUGCACGAGGCGCUGGGCCACUACAAGGAGGCGAUUCGCAUCUCGCCCUCCUUCGCCGACGCCUACUCCAACAUGGGCAACACGCUGAAGGAGAUGGGCGACGUCUCGGGGGCGCUGCAGUGCUACACCAGGGCCAUUCAGAUUAAUCCGGCUUUCGCCGAUGCACAUUCCAACCUGGCGUCCAUUCACAAAGACUCCGGAAACAUUCCGGAAGCCAUUGGCUCCUAUCGAACUGCUCUCAAGCUGAAGCCCGAGUUUCCCGACGCCUACUGCAACCUGGCGCACUGCCUGCAGAUCAUCUGCGACUGGAGCGACUACGAGAACCGCAUGCGCAAGCUGGUGGCCACGGUGGCCGACCAGCUGGAGAAGAAUCGCCUGCCCUCGGUGCACCCCCACCACUCGAUGCUCUACCCGCUGUCGCACGACCAGCGCAAGGCCAUUGCCGCCCGGCAUGCCGCCCUCUGCUACGAGAAGAUUCAAAUUCUCCACAAGAUGCCGUACAGCUUCAAGAAGGAGCCCGCCAGGCGACUGAAGAUCGGCUACGUCAGCUCCGACUUUGGCAACCACCCGACGUCGCAUCUGAUGCAGUCGGUGCCGGGCAUGCACGACCGCGACAUGGUGGAGAUCUUCUGCUACGCCCUCUCGCCGGACGACGGCACCACCUUCCGGUCGAAGAUCGAGUCGGAGAGUGACCACUUCGUUGAUCUGAGCGCGGUCGCCUGCAACGGCAAGGCCGCCGACCGCAUCUUCAGCGACGGCAUUCACAUUCUCAUCAACAUGAACGGCUACACGAAGGGCGCUCGCAAUGAGAUCUUUGCCCUGCGCCCGGCGCCCAUUCAGGUGAUGUGGCUCGGCUACCCGGGCUCCAGCGGGGCGCCCUUCAUCGACUACAUCAUCACCGACAAGGUGACGUCGCCCGUGGAGCUGGCCAGCCAGUACUCGGAGAAGCUCGCCUACAUGCCGGACACCUUCUUUGUCGGCGACCACCGGCAGAUGUUUCCGCAUCUCAUUGAGCGCGUCCUCCUCCUCGACCGAUCGCCCACCGACGGCUCGGAUGGUGACGGAGACAACAAGGAGCGCCUGCCGGACACGGUGUCCAUCGUCAACGCCACCGAUCUGUCGCCGAUCAUCGAGAAGGCCGACGUGAAGAAGAUUCGCGAGGUGGCGGUGGUCACCACGGCCUCCACCACCGCCAUCAACACCUCCGUCACGGAGAAGGUGGAGGUGGUGAAGACCAUCGUCGAGCUGCCCACCACCCAGAUGGUGCAGGCGAUGAUCAGCAAUGGGCAGAUUCAGACCUCGGUGAACGGCCUGGUGGUGCAGAAUGGCCUGGCGACGACGCAGAUCAACAACAAGGCAGCUACUGGCGAGGAAGCUCCCACCGCUAUUUUGGUGACCACCCGCCAGCAGUAUGGCCUGCCGGAGGACGCCAUCGUGUACUGCAACUUUAAUCAGCUCUACAAAAUUGACCCGAAAACACUCAAAUCAUGGGUUAAGAUUCUGAAGGACGUACCCAACAGCGUCCUCUGGCUGCUACGCUUUCCCGCCGCUGGCGAGGCGAAUGUGCUCGCCCUGGCGCAGUCCUACGGACUGCCACCCGGGCGGAUUGUCUUCUCCAAUGUGGCCGCCAAGGAGGAGCACGUUCGCCGGGGGCAACUGGUGGACAUUUGCCUGGACACGCCGCUCUGCAACGGCCACACCACCGGCAUGGACGUCCUCUGGGCGGGCACGCCGAUGGUGACGCUGCCCGGGGAGACGCUCGCCUCCCGAGUGGCCUCCUCGCAGCUCACCUGCCUGGGCGUCCCUGAGCUGAUUGCCAAGUCGUACCAGGACUACGAGAACAUUGCCAUUCGCCUGGGCAACGAUCGCGACUAG